UUGCUAAUGACGGCGCGUCCCCAGGAGGAGGAAGGAUUUCCUCUCCUCCUCCUCCUUCAACAUCACUCCCCUCUUCGCUCUUUCCCGAGGAUGUAUCGGCGUGUCGUGCACCUGCUUCCAGCCCCCCAUCACUGGACCCAACCCGUCUGAACCCAGCUCUUCGGUACCAGAGCGGCCUUGAUACGGAGAGAGAGACGGGAACAACAGAGGAUGUGCUGAUUUUUGUUUUGUUUUGUUUUCCUUUUAUCGAGAGACGGCAGUGAGACAGCAUCUUUGCCGGCGACGCGUCAUUAGCCCUACAAGUGGAUAAAGUGCACAUUCAGCGUCGCCUGUGGUUCACUGAUCUUUUCCCAAAUUCGAAGCCCUCCAGGUGCGCCAUGUCGGACAAAAGCGACCUAAAGGCAGAGCUCGAGCGCAAGAAGCAGCGCCUCGCCCAGAUCAGGGAGGAGAAGAAAAGAAAGGAGGAGGAGAGGAAGAAGAAAGAGAAAUCAGAGAGCCAGCAGAAAGCAGAGGUAACCCCAGAAGAUUCAGACCUGGACCGCAAGCGCAGGGAGACCGAGGCCCUGCUACAGAGCAUCGGCAUCUCCCCGGAGCCUCCGCUAGUCCCGACACCUGUGUCCCCUUCUAAAUCAGUGAGCACGCCCAGUGAGACGGGGAGCCAGGACUCAGCCGAGGGAGGGGCAGCGGGCAGGUUUAGGUCAGGGUUCUCUAGAAACAAGCUCCAAGCGCAGAGCUCAAGGACACUGCAAUGGGACACAGACCCCUCUGUGCUGCAGCUGCAGGCUGAUUCUGAGCUUGGGCGCAAGAUGCAGAGGCUUGGGGCCUCUAAGAUCACGCAGGUAGACUUCCUUCCCAAAGAGGUGGUCUCUUACUGCAAGGAGACACAAACACCUGUCAACACCCACCUUUCUGAAGUAGAGGAGGAAGAGGAGGAUGAAGAGAUGCUAGAGGCAAAGCCUGGCCCAGAGGCCGAGCUGCGGGACGAAGAUGACAACAAGGAGUCCAAAGAUGGCUCUUUUCCUGUGCUGCGGGAGCUGACAGAAGAGGAGAGGCAACAGAUCCUGCACUCCUCCGAGUUUCAGAGCUUUUUCGACUGCAGCAUCCGGGUGAUGGAGCGAGCGCUCGCCGAGGACGGCGACAUCUUCUUUGACUACAGCGGCCGUGACCUUGAGGACAAAGAGGGAGACUUGGGUAGCGGCUCUAGUUUGUCCUUCUGCAGGCUCUUCUAUGAUGAGCACUGGUCCAAACAUCGUGUGAUUACCUGUCUUGACUGGUCCCCUCAGUAUCCUGAAUUACUGGUGGCGUCCUACAAUAACAAUGAAGAUGCUCCCCACGAACCAGACGGUGUUGCCCUGGUGUGGAACAUGAAGUUUAAAAAAGCUACACCAGAGUACGUCUUUCAUUGUCAGUCUCCGGUGGUUUCUGUUGGUUUUGCCAAGUUUCAUCCCAACCUGGUGGUAGGAGGAACGUACUCGGGACAGAUUGUUCUGUGGGACAACCGCAGUCACCGUCGGACCCCUGUCCAGAGGACCCCCCUCUCUGCUGCAGCACACACUCACCCGGUGUACUGCGUGAACGUGGUCGGCACCCAGAAUGCCAACAACCUGAUCACGGUGUCUACCGAUGGCAGGAUGUGCUCGUGGAGCCUCGACAUGCUCUCUCAACCUCAGGAGACCAUGGAGCUCGUGUACAACAAAUCCAAACCUGUGGCGGUGACAGGGAUGGCUUUCCCCACGGGAGACGUCAACAACUAUGUGGUGGGGAGCGAGGAGGGCACCGUGUAUACUGCAUCCAGGCACGGCAGUAAAGCGGGCAUCUGUGAAAUGUUCGAGGGCCACCAGGGGCCAGUGACGGGCAUCAGCUGUCACAGUGCAGUGGGCACCGUAGACUUCUCCCACCUCUUCAUUACAUCUUCCUUCGACUGGACCGUCAAACUCUGGAGCACCAAGCACAACAAGCCCCUGUAUUCCUUUGAGGACAAUGCCGACUACGUGUAUGACGUCAUGUGGUCGCCUGUGCAUCCCGCCAUGUUUGCCGCCGUGGACGGCAUGGGCCGCCUGGACCUGUGGAACCUCAACAACGACACCGAGGUGCCAACUUCCAGUGUCACUAUUGAGGGAGCGUCGGCUCUGAACAGGGUCCGCUGGUCGUCAGGAGGGAAGGAGGUGGCUGUGGGCGACUCCGAAGGCAGAGUUUGGAUCUACGACACAGGAGAGCUCUCCGUGGCCCACCCUGAGGACUGGUCGCGCUUCGCUCGCACGCUCAUAGAGAUCCGUGCCAACCGGGCAGACGGCGAGGAGGAGGGCCCUAUGGAGCUGGCUUCAUAGAAAAGGACUCCAAGACCAAAGUGACUGGGGGAGCAGAGACCUGGGCCCAUCCAGCUGCUGUCGCUGUAGCACGCCAUCCCAGCUCAGUUUUUUUUUUUUUGUCUCUUUGUAACGGACUUCUAGUUAUUUAUUUGUCUUUGUUUAUUUGUUUAUCGAUCAGGUGGUGUGUUGCUUGCAACUUGUGAGCGUACGGUAUAUAUGGAGUGGCAGUAUUAUAGCCUUAUGAAGAUAAGUGUACUGUAACGAAGCUUUGCACAUCAUCAACAAUAAAGCAGGGUCAUGUUUUUGCCAUGUAUUCUUUACAAGUAUUAUAAUCCCUUUAUGUUCGGCUUUAUUUAAAUCUGCAUGACACACAUACCUUAAUAUUUCAAACGCAGGAGCCUCAUUGUAGCUGCUUUAUUUCAGCCAGUGUGUCCGGAUAAAGAACCAGUGUUCUGUGUUUUUUUUUUUUGUUUGUUUUUUUUUUCUCUUUGAAGGACAGCUUUUAUGAUAAACUGUGACAAGAGGUAUAUUGUAACUCGGAGUGAUUGCUGUGAAACCUGCUAUGUUUACUAUUAAAGCAUAACUAACAAACUGC